CGAGCGGAAAGUGCAAGGGCAGACGCAUGUUUGCGCGCAGAGCGGUCAUCGCAACGUCGAAGUUCUUUCUGCCUCAAUCUUUUCAGGUUACCUGAUGGGGCCCCAGUUCUUAUUCUUGUCAUUCUCACUGUUUGACUGACGUAGUGACCGACGUAACACUUGAUAUUUCUGGUCCGGGACAGGGCCCAUCGGGGGUAACUUAAAGUGAUUCCGAAAAACGCGCUGGGUGGCGAUCACAGAACAUCCCCGCUCGGCAAACGCACGCUCCUCACUGUUCCAAUGCAUGAUGGCGUCUGAACUGUGUCGAGUGUGAUCCAAUUUUGAUUCCCGCGGAUCAUUUCUAAAAUCGUGCCUAUGUGUAUCAAUUAAUGUUAUUUCUCAUGCUUUUGGAAGAUCGAUUGCUUGUUUUUGUCAAAUUGCACUUAGCGGCUGCGUGAGGCAUACACGACAGAAAAGUUCGA